GAACGAAUCCGCGCUUGUACCAGUCGAUUCGUACGGCGCGCCGUCAUUGCACGCCAGUGCAUGUGGUCUCAUCGCGGUGUGUGAACAAUUUAGCGAGGAUUUAAACAAACAUCCAAGGAUCUCUUACGUUGGUUACGUUAUUAUUUACCUUCACAUAAACGUUCAAACGAAUUAAAAGAAGAAGAAUAAGAAGAAGAAAUAUUUUUCUGGUGUUAUUUUACCUGUCUAUUAUAAACGUGAAAAUUUCAUCUUUUCCAUAAAAAGGGGACAUCAUUUCAAAAAUUUCUAAAGAAACAAAUUCAUAUUUUCCAUUCGAUUUGAAGAGUGAAGAAAAUAGAAAAAAAGAAUCGAUUUAAAUAAAAAAAAAAAAAGUUUAUAUAUAAAAAGAAGAAAUGUCUGUCGAUCCUGAGCUCAGUAAUAUUCUUAGCAGGAGGCAACGGAUCAACGAGGAUCUCGAUGAGGGUAAAGAAGUUAAGAAACAAUACAGAUUUGUUAACGUAUAUACAGAAUUCCAUGAGUUAUCUCGCAGGGAGAUCAAACGAUACGAACAAACCUUCAACAGAUUUGACGACGGACACGAUGGUUAUCUCGAUUUAAAUGAAUUGAAACGCAUGAUGGAAGUUUUAGGAGCACCUCAAACUCAUCUCGGUUUAAAGGCAAUGAUACACGAGGUUGACGAAGAUGGUGAUGGACGUAUAUCCUUUCGCGAGUUUCUCCUGAUUUAUCGUAAAGCACACGCUGGUGAAUUAGAACAGGAUUCUGGGUUAGGACAAUUGGCUCGUUUGACCGAGGUUGACGUAGAUGAGGUCGGUGUAUCUGGUGCCAAGAACUUUUUCGAAGCUAAGAUCGAACAGCUACGUAAAUCGAGUAAAUUCGAAGAUGAAAUUCGUAUGGAACAAGAAGAAAGAAAACGUGAGGAAGCUGAAAGGGCAGAAAGACGCGCACAAUUUAGGGAAAAAGCUGCGAUAUUUGGUAAUAAUUAAAAAAAAGAAAGA